AAGUUUAUCGCCGCCGCCUGCGGCGUGGAGAUUAUCGUCAAGUGGUCAUACAACUUACACAGUCACCAGCCGCUAUCGCCUCCGUCGUCUCGCACCUGCACCACGGCGCGGGCCUUCGUCAACGGGGAGACUACUGCGGCCGACGCAGCUAGUGAGCAGUGAGCAGUUUCCGAGGGGCGUUGCUCAGGACUCAACCUCUGCAUUGCAAUGGCCUCAUCCUCACUUCUAUGAGAGAAUCCAUGUUCCAUUGUUCCUGCCCAAGGGCAGUCAUAAUAAUGAGAAGCAUCAUAGUGUUGGGUUUGGAUCCAUCAUCCAUGUGGUAAAAGUACAAAGUAGUGAGAUUCUUCUACCAAAGCGAAACAUGGCGCAUCUGAAUCCAUAAGCAGGUCCGAGGUUUUCAUCUACUGGAGGGUUGCUUUGCCGCUUGAUUCCAAUGGACCCCAAGGUGUAGGUUCGAUUCAGUUUAGCUGACGAGACUAAAAUCCGUAUGCGCAUCAUCAUCGUACUGGUCUAAAGCACUCCAAAAAUUUAUGCAGAUUACACUGUCAUGUAUGUAAGAUACCACCUACGUUUUACUGGCUCGAUUUUUUGAAAGUUUGCAUCAACGUGGUAAGACAUUUGAUGGUGAUGGGAUGAGAUGAGAUGAGAUGCCAUGCGUCGUAAUUGUGAUGUGCGUUAAGCUUCACAAUAAAAAAGGAAACCCACUUUAUUUCCACUUCAUCUGUUAGCUCCUCGCCAUGAUCAAUGCUACGUACAUGAACUCCCAUCCGUGAUCAAUACUACGUGCUGUAUAAGUUUCACUACGCACGCACGUCAGAAGCUGCGCGCGCACAAGCCCCCGGGUUCUUCUCCGUUCUCACAGCUCCACCACGGCAAUGGCGACGACACUGAGCAUUGCACCAGAAGCAAACCACAAAGCUCUCCUCGCCGCCCUGCUCUGCGCCGCCGUCACCGCCUCCUUCCUCCCCGGAUCAUCCGCCGCCGCCGCGCCGUCGUCCCAGCUGGUUUCCCAGACCUGCCGCAGGACGUCCAACCAUCGCCUCUGCGCCGACCUGCUCCGGUCCAGCAACCGGAGCAGCGCCGCCACGAGCGUCCGGGAGCUCGCCGUCGUGGCGGUGACGGCCGCCAGGAGGUCGGCGCUGCGCGCCAGGAUGCGCGCGCUGGACCUGGCCCACGAGGGGGGAGGGACGGUGUCGUGCCGGCUGGCGGCGCGGUGCGCGGCGCUGUACGCGGUCUGCCUCCGCGCCGGCGCGCAGGCGGUGGGCAGGGUGUCCACCAUGCCGGCGUACGAGCACGACGGCCGCGCGGCCGACGCCGUGAGCGCCCUGCGCAGGUUCCCGGAGAAGUGCGUGGGGCUCUUCAGAGAGAGGGGGAUCGCGUCGCCGCUGGAGCGGGUGAGCAGGGAGGUGGAGGAGAAGCUGGGCGUCGCGUCGGAGAUUGUUCGCUUGUCGCGCUAGGAUUGCGUCGAUCUGUGGUGACGGAUUUGGAUUUUGGAGCUGAUAAUAAGUGCGUGGGUGGUAUGUGCUACAGUAAAGCGCAGAGAAGGUACAAUGAAAUGUUCGCGCCAAUCUAGCU